AUGCAUGUGCAUCAACGGAUGUUCGCGAACUUCUCUUGCAACAUCUACGCGCUCGGGGAUGCCUGGGCGAUGCAUGCGUACACCUUGGGUUACCGUGGCACAACACCUCGCCAAAAACUCGCAAGUUUCCCGCAACUCCCAUGUAUGCUGCUUUCCUCGUCGCCGAAUGCCUUCAGCGCCCGUCUCCUGUGCACACCGCAACUCAGUUGCUGCCUGCCCUUGGUCAAAUGCUUACGGGCCACCGCAACAUGCGCGACCGUGCACAGCUGCGACCGCCUGGACCCAACCAAAGAAGACAAAGUAAUAUGGGACUCUAGAAGCAAAUAUCAACUCUCUGUUGCCUAUGCAAAGUUAGACCUCUUUGAUGUAGCUGAAAAGAGCAAAGAGCAGAUAGAAGCAAAACAGAUGAGGAAGGAAAGUUGGAGCCUUAAAAUUAAAGGGAAAAUUAAAUAUUUUCUGUGGAGGUGUGCUGGAAACCGCAUUCAAGUACUUAACAAUCUCUGCAAGAAGGGUUACGUGUUGGUCCUAUUUGUAAGAUCCAAACUCAUUUGGAAAUUGUCCCUUCUCUGUGGGGAUGGUAAGGAAUUAGAUCCAGGUAGCUUCAAAGCUGGUGGUCAAGGCUUUGCAACAUCAAUAAAUCUGCCAUCUCAAAGGAUAGAUUUCAACUAA